AAAAGCUUGAAGAAGACUGACAGAAUGCACACAAUGGCAGUCAUCCAGAGGAGUGUAUGGGCUCUAUUGCUCUGGCCUUCUCUCCUUACUGUAAGCAUGCCACUAGACUGUAAAGAAGAGCAGGGCAGUCUCUCCGGCUGCACUUCCAUCUCCCAAGAGAAACUUCUAGACCGAGUCAUCCAUCAUGCUGAGCUCAUCUACCGUGUCUCAGAAGAAUCGUGUUCUCUGUUUGAGGAGAUGUUCCUUCCAUUCCCUCUGCAGCUCCAGAGCAGCCAGGCUGGCUACGCGUGCAUCACCAAAGCCUUACCCAUGCCCAGCUCCAAAAGUGAAAUCCAACAGAUAUCUGACAAAUGGCUGCUUCACUCUGUGCUGAUGCUGGUCCAGUCAUGGAUCGAGCCGUUGGUCUACCUGCAGACAACAAUGGAUCGCUACGACCACGCUCCUGACAUGCUGCUCAACAAGACAAAGUGGGUGUCUGACAAACUGAUCAGUCUGGAGCAAGGGGUUGUGGUCCUCAUCAAGAAGAUGUUGGAUGAGGGGAUGUUGGCCACAACCUACAGUGAACAAGGCUUAUUCCAGUCUGACGUGCAGCCAGAGAUGCUGGAAUCUGUUAUGAGAGACUAUACUUUGCUCAGCUGUUUCAAGAAAGAUGCUCAUAAGAUGGAAACUUUCCUCAAGCUUCUCAAGUGUCGUCAAACCGACAAAUACAACUGUCCAUAAAACAUAAGCCGCAGCUUUUAAAUAACACAGCAUUUAGCUCUAAAUGAAUUCCUGAGGUUGCGUAGCGUGCACUUAAAGAUAUGACCAUGCCUGGGGCGACUCAGCCUUGCUUGUACUGCAGUACAUUUCUUAUUGAUUGUUUUGGAACACCUUCACACAAAACUAAGUAGGUGUAAUCCUGUGCCCUUUAUUCAACAUACUGCGUUCUUUUUUUUUUUUCUUUUUCUCCUGCUUAGUUGUUAUUUUAACCUGGUAAAGGCAAGAGAGGGCAAAUUCCCAAAAGAUUAUUGCAUGUCGAGCUGUCAAAAAAAUCUGCAUAUCCUGCCAUUGAUUUCCAUUUCCUUUGUUCUUAACUGGAGUUGGUAUUCCUUGCUGGCUCUUGCAGUGUUUUGAUUAUUCCCACGGCCCCGAGAGUAUUCAGUGAGACUCCCUUGUUAAAUGGAGUUGGUUUCACUUCUGCAUUAGUGAAAUGAAACCCUUUCACUGGAGAUGGGAGUCAAACAGAGAGCAAUAACUAUUAAAAAAAGAAGAGAGAGACACAUUUUGAUUGGUGAAAGAGGGUGUAAGAGAGGCAACAUAAAUAACAGCUAAAAUGAGAGCCAGGACUAGUGCUCCUGAAGGAGAAAGGAAUUCCUCUGUGCCUAAAUGUGCCUAAUUUAACAUGAAUAUAAAAACGAAAUAAGAUUUGUAGAAUAACCCUUAUUCGUUUCCAAUAUUCAGGGAAUAAACAAUUUAAAUUUAUUCUAUUCUAUUACUCUAUUUAUGAAUAGACUAGGCCCUGUGUACUGUGUAAACCUUUUUAGUCUGCUGCUGAUCUAAUAAAGCAAGAAAGAAAACCAA